UCGUCGUCGUCCUCCUCCUCUUCCUCCUCUUCCUCCUCGUCGUCGUCGUCCUCCGCCGCGGCGGCGGCGGCGGCGGCCUCCUCGGCCCCGCUGGAGGCGUCGCUGGACAGGAAGCUGCAGUCGGUGACCAACACCAUGGAGUCCAUCCAGGGCCUGUCGUCGUGGUGCCUGGAGAACAAGCGGCACCACAGCACCAUCGUCCACCACUGGAUCAAGUGGAUGCGCAGAUCUGCCUUUCCUCAUCGGCUGAAUCUCUUUUACCUGGCCAACGAUGUCAUACAGAACUGCAAGAGGAAAAAUGCAAUUGUGUUCCGGGACACAUUUGCUGAAGUGCUUCCUGAAGCUGCAGCUCUGGUGAAGGAUCAGUCUGUCUCCAAAUCUAUAGAACGGAUUUUUAAAAUCUGGGAAGAUAGAAACGUGUAUCCAGAGGAAACCAUUGCAUUGCUCAAAGAAGCGUUAAGUUCCACUUUCAAAACUCAGAAGCAGCAGAAAGAAACUCAGAGCAAGCAAUCAACUAAGUCAUGGAAGAAAUCUCAAACCUCUACAAAUCCGAAAGCUGCUUUGAAGUCCAAGAUCGUUGCAGAAUUCCGACCGCAGUCCCUCGUCGACGAACUUCUGUUCUACAAACGUUCCGAGGACCAGAUAGAACUGAAGGAGAAACAGCUCUCCACCAUGAGGGUGGAUGUGUGCAGCACUGAGACACUGAAAUGCUUAAAAGACAAAACUGGAGGGAAAAAAUUCUCCAAAGAGUUUGAGGAAGCUAGUGCCAAGCUUGAAGAAUUUGUCAACAGCUUGGACAAGCAAGUGAAAAGUGGUCCUUCCUUGACAGAAAUACUCGAGAAUGCUGGGAUAUUCUAUGAAGCACAGUAUAAGGAAGUGAAGGUGGUGGCAAACGCAUACAAAACAUUUGCCAAUAGAGUGAACAACCUCAAGAAGAAGCUGGAUCAGCUAAAGGCAACCCUUCCUGACCCCGAGGAGUCCCCUGUCCCUUCACCAAGCAUGGACGCUCCAUCUCCAACAGGGUCCGAGUCUCCCUUCCCAGGGAUGGGGGAAGAGGACCGGUCUCCUGCACCGGACGCAGAGCGGGAGAAGUCUCCUGAGCCCGCAACAGACAACCGGGACGUGGAGGACAUGGAGUUGUCCGAUGUGGAAGACGACGCCCCAAAGAUCAUCGUGGAAGAGAGGAAGGAAAAACCGGCUGCUCUGGCCACAGCUUCCACCAAGAUGCCUGAAAGCGUCCCCAAAAUGUCAUCUCCUCCACCUGCAGCAGCUGGUCCGGCAACCCCUGCAAGCGCGGUGACAUUGGCUCCAAACCCCAUCACCCCUCCGCCCCCCAAGCCAGCCAACCCUACGCCGCUUCCCCAGUCGCCAGCACUCGUGCUGCCAAACCUCGCCAACGUCGAUUUGGCCAAGAUCAGUUCCAUUCUCAGCAGCUUGACCUCAGUUAUGAAGAACACAGGAGUCAGUCCUGCCUCGAGACCUUCCCCAGGCACCCCAGCAAGCCCAACCAGCCUUACCAGUGGCUUGAAGACCCCCGGCCCAGGCCCCCUGGCAGCACCGCCAAACCCCUUGGCCAAUAUCCUUUCCAAAGUGGAGAUCACGCCCGAGAGCAUCCUCUCCGUGCUUUCCAAGACCCAGGCCCAGGCCGCGCCAAGCUUGCAAGGUUUGUCCUCGUUCCUGCAGAGUGUUGCAGGGAACACGGCCCAGCCCAGUGAGGUGGCAUCUCAGAGUACAUCUCCAUCACCUGCCAACACAGCUGCAGCUCCUUCUGGGAAGGGAAGGAAUGUUUCAUCCAACCCCCCAUCCUUCAUACCCCAGAGUUUCAGUUAUUCUCCAAAUUCCUCCUCCUCCUCCGCCGAGGUUUCCUCCACAUCCGUCAACAAGGUCUCUGCUGCACACAGCACCAGGCUCCCCAGUGCCAGUUUUAAGCCUCCAACCAAUUCUGUGGGGUUCGCCAGUGCCCAGGCCAGCAGCCCUUCCCUUCGCCCUGCUGAGAACCCAAUGAAUCAGUCUUCUGAGAUCUCGGAGACCAAGCUGGAGGCAGAGCCCACAUCUCCCAGUCUGGAGAUGAAGAUACACAACUUCUUAAAGGGCAACCCGGGCUUCAGCGGCUUGAAUCUGAAUAUCCCAAUUUUGAGCUCCUUGGGUUCUAGCAUGCUGCCUGAAAGCCAUUCGUCGUCAUCUGCAGAUUUCAGCCGUGGGCCCACGAGCACUUCUAUGGAUAGCAUUGACGGCACGCCUGUCCGCGACGAGCGGAGCGGGACGCCCACGCAGGACGAGAUGAUGGACAAGCCUUCAUCUAGCAAUGUCGACACCAUGUCGCUGCUCUCAAAGAUAAUCAGCCCUGGCUCGUCCACUCCAAGUAGUACAAGAUCGCCUCUCCAGAGUCGAGAUGACGGUUACCCCCAAGAACUCUCUAACUCUGUGUACAGGUCUUUCAGCCUAAACCGAGACUCUCCAGCAGGCCUGUUCAAGCCGUCCUCUGAUGGCAUCGAGUUACCUUCCUCCUUAAUGGACUCUCCUCAGGAGAAGUUCUAUCCAGACACCUCCUUCCAGGAAGAUGAAGAUUACCGUGACUUUGAUUACUCUGGUCCUCCGCCUUCUGCCUUGGUGAACUUGGAGAAGCAGCCCGCUAAAUCUAUCCUGAAAUCUGGCAAGGUUUCUGAUCCAUCAGAGUAUCAGCCAGUUAUGUCAAGCUACAGUCAGAGAGCCUCUGGAUUUGGCUUGAAAUCCACAUUCCCCCAGUUGGUGAGACCUCUCCAUGAACAGAGCGAAAGCUGUGAUCCCUUGUCCCCCGCUGGAAUGUACGGAAGCUACAAUUUACGAGGAAAUGACUGUGGCUCGGAUGCCUCCCCUACGCCGAGCAAGAAUGAUGUCUUCUUCCCGCCAGAUUCCAACCAUAACAACUUACCCAAACCCAUGCCACACUCAGGCCUGUCGCAGAAGCAGUAUCCGGAUUCUCCUCACUUGGUUCCCCACAGGUCGCUCUUCUCUCCCCAGAAUCCACUCAUGACCUCGGCCAGCAGGCUGCCCACGUCCAACACAGAGAAGUCCGUCGUGUCUUCCAUCUCGGCCACGUCCACCAUCGAGUUCAAGAACAUGCUGAAAAACGCGUCCCGCAAGCCCUCCGAAGAGAGCAAGCACUUCAGCCAGGGCCCCAAAGUGAGCGCCAGCGAUGGCGCCGUCCUGUCCAGCCUCAGCCAGGCUGGGAUCUCGGCGGGAGGGGAGCCGCAGAAGCAGCCGGAGGAGCAUUACCGGAUCGAGACCAGGGUCUCCUCCUCCUGUUUAGACUUGCCCGACAGCACUGAGGAGAAGGGGGCCCCCAUAGAAACACUGGGCUACCACAACGCCUCCAGCCGGGGGAUGCCUGGGGAACCCAUUCAGACGGUGGAGUCCAUCAGGGUUCUCGGGAAAGGCAGCCGAGGGCAUGGGCGAGAGGGCAGCCGGGGGGGGUGGUUCGAGUUGAGCAGCGCAGGGAGCACCUUCGACAACGGUCCUUCCAGCGCUGCGGAGAUGUCGGCCCUGGGCACCCCUGGCGGCGGCAGCGGUGGCAGCGGCGGCGGCGGCGGCGUGUCAGGCUUCCAGUCCCAGUACAAGGACCGCGGGCCACCCUUCCAGGAGAACGUCAACAACUUCAGAGCUAGUGGCUUCGGCACCACCUUUGACCGGCACGUGCCGCCGCCGCCCCUAGAGCACGGGCCUUCCUUCCCGAGGGACCAGAUCGGGGCGCCUCCCGCAGGGCCCCCACCUCUUCCGCCAAAGGAUCUCAGCACCCUGUUCCCUCGGGACCACCCGGCCCCCCCUCCACGGAUGCCGGCGGUGGAUCACAGCAGCCCGUUCCCGAAGGACGCCGCCUCCGCGCAUCGCUUGCCCCGUGGGGUCCCCCCUCCCCCGCCCCCCCCCCCCGAACGGAGUGGCGUGCCCGUGCCCUCCCCCCCCCAGCCGCCGCCUCUCCCCGUGGAACACGGAAGUGUUCCCUUCUCCAGCCCCCCGCCACCUCCGGGGGAUCGUGGCCUCCCAUUUCCGGCGCCUCCCCUCAGCGCAGAGCACGGGUCCGUCCACCAAGGAACACUGAAAGAGCAUUUUAGCAUGCCGCCAGGAGUACCUCGGGACCAAGUGGCCCAGCCACAGCGCGACCUGGGCAGCCAGCCCCUUGGGCGGCCUCGUGAGAGCGUCGGCCUGGCCACCCUGGCAAGAGAUCCCUUGGGGCCGGCCCUUAGCGUGGGUGCCGCCAUCCCACCGCACCGCGACGGCACAAACCGAGGCGGGUUGGGGGUGAGGAACCAGAGGCCAGAUUUCCGACCCAGAGAGUUGUUCUUAAACAGAGACCCCUUUAACAUUAAAGAGGCCUCGGCCCCCAUUUGCCAGGGCUCCCCCCUUCUUCGCACCAAAACGCCCCUUCUUCCCUCCCAGGUACUGAAUGAAGGUGUUCCAGAACUUUCUAGAGAGCAGUGGAAGUGGUCCUUUCACUUCCAUUUUAUUUUUCCCCCCAUACAGGGGUCCCUCGACAUUUUUCGUUGUCAAUUAAGGUUCACUCGACUGAUGCAAUGUCCACUUCUCUUAGUUCACAGAUGGGUUCUGUGAAUAAUUUCCUUUUAGUGAGUGGCAAAACGUAACCCAGGUUCCAUAGCAGUCAAUCCAAGUACAUCAGAAUUCUGCAUUUCUGAAGGAGGAUGGGUGAGUGCUACCCCUUUGUCACCCUUCUCCAACUCGAUGGCUUCCAAAUAUGUUGGACUACACUUUCAGUCACCCGCAGCCACCAUGCUCAUUGACCGUGCUGGCGUGAGUUGAUGGGAGUUGUAAUCCAGUUUUUCUGGAAGCUACCAUCCUGGGGAAGGUUGCUGUAUGUACAUGAGAUACUUCUUGGGGAUCAGUGCCCUUCUCCCAAAUUUAACAUUCCCAAUGGCCUGUGAGGACGUUGAGGGACAUGUGUGAUAAACCAGCUGAGCUGCGUAAUAAGCGUGCUUGGCUCCAACCAGUGUGAGCCAGUUUGCCUUCACGGCACAGGGAAGCCCAACGCCAGGGUUGCUUGGGUCGGCUUCCUUUCGCCCCUUAACUGCAUGACUUCUGCUUGAUACAUAUUCCUUUAGCCACCCGGGAUGGUUUUUUCCAGUGGCCGUGGGAGGAGGGAAAAACACUAUGCUCUGUCGUGCACCACCAAAGCCUUCUCCCGUGGCAGCCCUGUCAAAAGUAGCUUUUCCCAACAGGGCUCAGGCACCAAGAGAACACCUGUAUUUUACUGUCGUUAAGACAGACUUCAGAAUGCAAAAUAAUAAACAAGCUAAAGUUGUAGGUUUGCUUUUUGUUUUGUUUUGUUUUGUUUGUUUCCUUUCUAGGAUAAAUAAUGUGAAAUUUCUUAUUUCCGCUGCUCUUUCAGUGGCGAUUUUGCUGAUUUUUUAAAAAGAAAAUCUGCAGGUAACAUAAACAGCUAAUUGCUACCACUACUCAAAUUGCCACAUCAUAGGAAAAUGGCUUCAGUCAGUCAGACCUGGGUUGCCGUUUGGGCAUCUUGCAGGCAAAGAACUGAAAAAGAACAUAACUUGUAAAAAGACAAAAUAUUUUAAUGGAAAAGUUCCAUGUCUUUCCUUCAAUCCUUUUGUUCUUUUUAUACCUGAUUUUGUGCUUUUACUUUAAAAUGUUGACAGUUAACUGAGGGCAGCAAUGUAUAUACGUGUGUAAAAAAAAGAAAAAGAAAAAAAGAGCCAGUUAGUUUGUUGGGCAGGAAGGGAAUCUUCCUGUCUAAAGGUUUUACUUCCCUUUACUUUGCUGUUACUUUUGUAUUUCACCUGAUAAGAGAGAGAAAAAGAAAAUGAAAUAAACUUGUAUUUUUUAAGGAAAACGUUAGUGUCUCUUAUGAAGGACAGCCUUUUCUAAAAGAGGAGAGCAAACCACGUACUCCUCUCCAGCUGUUUUGGAAAUGCAGAAGCAGGUUGCAGAGUAUUACACUUGGCACAGCUCUUGAUACUCAUGAAUGACAAAAGCGAUUUCCAUGGAAGGGCUUUUGGAGGGUUGUUUGGAGAUGCUACCGCUGUUGAACGAUCGGCCAGCCUUCUCACUCAACAUUUUCCGGAGCAGGUCCCCGAAGGGUAGCUUUCCGCAACCCAGUGCCUUCCAGCUGUGUCAGACUGGCCAGGAAUGAUGGGAGCUGUAGUCGGAGGGCACCGGCUUGGGGAAGGCCACCCUGAGCACGUGUGGGGUUUGCUGAAUCAGUGUAGCCCAGGGAAAUGGUCCUCCUCUCCUCUGGGCCUGUUCACGGAGUAGACUUCUCUGCCCAUGGAGUGGUGCCUGGGCUGGAAACCCCGCCUUCAGACCACCUGGGGAAACUGAAGAGCCCUCCUCCCUCACAGAGGGAGCAGCCGCGUGUGGGGAGGUUCCGGGGGGCACCAUGGAAGUGGCGGCAGCAGCGCUGCUAUUUUGAAGAUGCUGUAAAUACUUGAUGUGCUUUUUAUUUUUGUGCCUGUUUAAAACAGAGUUGGAUAUUUGUUGGCUUGGAUUUAGUUUCAAGUGUGUUCUUGUGUGGGGAGGGUGGGGAGGGCAGGGGAGGGGAGGGGGAGAACUCAACUUGCUUUGGGCAAAGCAGCAGCGAACUGCAGCAGACUGUCUCUUGAAUUGUACAUUAAUACAUUUAAUAAAAUAACUAGUUUGAAUGUUUUGAUAUUCUUCUUGUAAAUAAGCCCUCUUUUAAGUGUGCGGUAGGUGUGUAAGACUGAGGAAGUGCCUGAAGAGGAGACCCAGCUGGUCCUCGCUCGGCAGUCUGCUCUUAGAGAUGGAGAACGCGCCUCAGCGUCCACCGCGUGGCUGCCGGAAGAGAUGCGGCGUGGCCGCGGCUUAAAAUGGAGGGGGGUGGGGGGCCCACGGCAGAUGGAGGACGCGUGAUCCCCCGUUCAAAGACCUGCAGAUCCCGUUCCGAGGAAGAGCUGACUGUGCUUGAUUGUGCACCUUGCCUCUGCUUGGGAGGUGGCCUCGAAUGGCGCCCUCUGCAACGCGGCCCAGCCGAAGGGACGCACCUCGAAAGCUCUCUCUCCCCCGCCACCUCCCCCCACACACCCCUACACUCUCCUCCCUCCCCUUAUUUUUGUAUUGUAUACUAAUAAAGUGUUCUUGACUUGG